GAAAAGUUAAGUUAAUGAAUGCAAUGACCUUUCCCCAAAAAAUUAUCUUGUAGAAACGGAAGCACCAAUUCCUGUCAAGUUAGUCACGCACUUCACGUGCAAUUAUCAGUCAAAUUGUGACCAUAUUGUUCACAGUUUGUUUACACGUUGCCUAUGAAUAAAUCUUUUAUCAAUGGUCGUGUAGUUGUCGCCCAUCGAAAUGGCUUUUACAUUUGAUGAUUUUAUGAAAUAGUUAGUGUUAUUGACAAAUCAUGGCAAACGGGGCUUUAAGGUCUAUUGCUAUUUAUCUUCUGCGAAAUGAUCUACGUGUCCAUGAUAACGAAUGCCUUCAUUGGUGUCAAUCAAAUGCAAACAUUGUGAUUCCGCUAUUCUGUUUUGACUCUUUAAUAUAUGGCCCUAAAGCACAAACAUGGACUUACAAAUUUCCAAGAACGGCAGCUUAUCGCGCACGCUUUAUGAUAGAAAGUGUGAAUAAUUUAAGGGAGACACUUAAGAAUCUGGGAAGUGAUCUAGUUGUGCGAAAUGGUGCCAUCAAGGAUGCUGUACUUGAAAUAAUACAAUUGUGUAAGAAAAAUUGCAAAGAUCCAGUUACGUUAGUUUAUCAGAAGGAAAUUACGAAGGAAGAAGUGCAGAUUGAAGAUGACCUGGACAUUAUUUGCAAUGAUGAGCAGAUAAAGGUUCAAAAGUUUUGGGGUCUCACUCUUUUGCACAUCGAUGAUCUGCCUUAUAGCUCUAUUGGAGGGUUUCCUGAUUUUUACACUGCGUUUCGCAAAAAGAUCGAGAGUACAAAUCGUUCACACUGUCGUUCAUUGUUGUCAACACCGAGCAGUUUGCCAACAUUACCGGAUUUUAUAAGAAACGAUACCGGUUCGAUUCCCGAGUUGAGAGAAUUGAUUGGUGAUGAUAAAGUCCUAUGCGUGGACAAGCGGACCGCUUUUCCUUUUAAUGGAGGGGAGUCGAGUGGCUUAAGUCGUAUUGAGAAAUAUUUUUUCGAAAGCAAUAAUGUCUCAAGGUAUAAAGAAACCAGAAAUGGCUUGAUUGGCACAGAAUACUCGACAAAGUUUAGUACGUGGCUUGCGAAUGGAACAAUUUCCCCUCGUAAAAUUUAUCUUGAAAUCAAGAAAUACGAGAAAAUACAAAUGGCUAACCAGUCCACAUAUUGGGUGGUGUUCGAGCUUUUAUGGAGAGAUUUUUUCAAGUUCAUCAGUCUCAAACAUGGUGAUCGUAUAUUUUACUUGUCAGGCAUAAAGCGUCGAAAGAUCCCUUGGAAGUUGGAUUGGGAAAUGUUUGAUAAAUGGCGUUACGGUAAAACAGGAAUACCCUUCGUGGAUGCAAAUAUGAGAGAGUUGUUGUUCUCUGGAUGGAUGUCGAAUAGAGGGAGGCAAAAUGUUGCCAGUUUUUUAGUAAACGAUCUUGGUCUUGAUUGGAGACUUGGAGCCGAGUGGUUUGAAUCCUUACUUUUAGAUCACGACGUCACUAGCAACUAUGGGAACUGGAAUUAUAUUGCAGGGAUUGGUACCGACCAACGUGAGAUACGUAAGUUUAACAUGAUCAAACAAGCUCGAGAUUAUGAUCCGAACGGCGAGUAUGUGCGAAUUUGGGUUCCUGAACUGGAAGGUCUAAAGGACGGUGGGGUUCAUGUACCCUGGACACUUUCUCAGCGAGCUUUGAAAACUGCUGGCGUUGUUCUUGGAUCUACAUAUCCUAAACCAAUGCUUGUUCAGAAAGAGUGGACGCGAUAUGUUUCUGAAUCAAAAACCCCGCAUAAAAGAAAGCACCAGACCACUUUGAAAUUUUGAAUUUACCUUGUUGAAAGCACGAAUGAUAGUGAAAUGGGAUUCACAUUGUGGUAUUACAGUGCCCCGUCUAAAUUUUUAUGUUGAGUUUUUAUGUUUUAUUUUGUUGUACAAACUUGCGUUACAACGACAAGGAUUAUGAAAGUAUGAUAUUUAAAGUUUUUGUUCAACAAUUUUUGUUAAAAAAUAAGCCAUUAGCAUGUAAUUAACCAUAUAUAUACGUAUGUAGCCAUCAUACGAGGUAACGUAACUAACCAAAAACACGAUUUCAGAUUGAAUUACUGUUAUUAAAUGAAGUAUAAUGUUGA